ACAGAUCGAAGUAUGCUAUUUCCUCACACAUCUUCCACAACUUUCAUGGCCACUAUCCUUGCCUUUUUUCUCUUCCUCUCCUUUCUAUUAUGGAUAUUAAGAAGAGGCCAAAUAACUGCUCGUAAAACAAAACUUCCACCAGAAGCUGGUGGAGCGUGGCCUUUCAUUGGCCACCUCCACCAAUUGGGAGGGACAAAACCAACCCAUAUAACAUUAGGUAACAUGGCCGAUAAGUAUGGAUCAAUCUUCACUAUCCGGCUGGGCGUUCAUCGUGCUCUGAUAGUGAGCAGUUGGGAGAUAGCUAAAGAGUGCUUUACCACUAAUGACAAAGCCUUUGCCAGCCGUCCAAAAGCUACAGCUUCAGAAAUCAUGGGCUACAAUUAUGCCUUGUUUGUGCUUAGUCCUUAUGGUCCUUACUGGCGCCAAGUGCGUAAAAUAGCCACCGUCGAGGUUCUCUCAAACCACCGCCUUGAGAUUGUCAGAGACAUCCGAGAGUCUGAAGUAAAUACAUCUAUGAAAGAGAUAUAUGAGCUCUGGGUCAAGAACAACAACAUGUUGGUAGAGAUGAAGAGAUGGUUUGGGUCCAUAACCCAAAAUAUCUUAUUGAGGAUGGUUGUAGGGAAGCGAUUUGGUGGGACUGCAAUCAAGGAGGAGAAUGAAGCUAACGAUCAGUGCCAGAAGGUAUUAAGAGCUUUCACUGAGUUGAGUAGUACGUCUGUGGUAGCAGACGCGCUUCCUUACCUAAGGUGGUUGGACUUGGGAGGGUACGAGAGGGCCAUGAAGCGAACUGCAAAAGAAUUUGAUGUUGUGGUUGAAGGUUGGUUAGAAGAACAUAAGCAAAGGAAGGUUUCCGGUGAGGCAAAGGGACACAAAGAUUUCAUGGAUGUGAUGUUGUCUGUUCCUGACGACGAAAACAACUCCCAUUAUGAUGCUGAUACAAUCACUAAAGCUACAUGCCUGUCCCUUAUCGUAGCAGGCGCAGAUACAACGUCAACAACAUUGACAUGGGCUCUCUCUCUACUUCUUAACAAUCGGAAAGCCUUAAAGAAAGCACAACAAGAGGUAGAUAUACAGAUUGGAAAGGAGAAGCAAGUAAAGGAAUCAGACAUAAAAAACUUGGUCUAUCUCCAAGCUAUCCUCAAAGAAACAUUGCGUUUGUACCCUGCUGGACCACUCUCUAUCCCGCACGAGUCCAUGGAAGACUGCACCUUGGCUGGUUACCACGUUCCAGCAGGCACGCAGCUCCUUGUUGAUUUUUCAAAGAUUCAUCGAGACCCACAUGUGUGGUCUGAUCCUAAUGAAUUUCAGCCAGAAAGAUUCCUUACAACCCAUAAAGGUGUUGAUGUUAGGGGCCAGCACUUCGAAUUGAUUCCAUUUGGCUCCGGUAGAAGAGUGUGCCCAGGAAUUUCAUUAGCAUUGCAAGUUAUGCAAAUCACCCUCGCCACUUUGUUGCACGCUUUUGAAAUCACAACCCCGUCAAAUGAGCCGGUGGACAUGACUGAGAAAGUCGGACUCACCAACAUGAAAGCUACACCACUCGAAGUCCAUCUCACUCCACGAUUUCCUCCUCAAGUAUAUGCAUGGGUGGAUUAGAUAUUUGAUAACUAAAAUUAGAACUAUACUGUUUCGAUAACGAGUAGUUUAUUUAGUAAUUUG